CCCCCGCGCGGCUCCUGCUUUCCCGGCUCCGCGGAGGCGGCGGCGGCGGCGGCGGUGGCCGCGGGGUGGCGGGGGCAGGGGUGGCGAGGCCAGCUGGAUGCCCGAUCGGGGGUCCCCGGAGCCAUGGCCUGCUCCAUCGUCCAGUUCUGCUACUUCCAGGACCUCCAGGCCGCCCGGGACUUCCUCUUCCCUCAUCUGCGGGAGGAGACCCCCAGCGGCGCCUUGAAGAGGGACCCCAGUAAGUGCCCCCGCCGCCCCCGCACGCCCUGAUCGCGGGGUCCAGUCUCCCCCCAACUGCGCGACUCCGGCCCCCGGCUCCUAGCUCCCCUCGCGGAUCCCCUGCCCUCCUCGCCCUGGGGCCGCGUCCGCGCUGCCUGCGUCGGCGCCGUCGGCCUCGCGCCGGAACCGCCCCGCCCUCUGGCCGGACCCUGCGUCUCGCCUCCUCUGGUCCCGGCCGAGCGCUCUCCCCACCCCCGCUCUCCCGCGUGUCUCCUCCGCCUCGCGUGGCUCCAGCCCCGGCGCCCAGCUCCGAGGUCGCGUCUUCCUCCCGGUUCCUCGCCAGCUGUCAGCGCUCUGGCCUGGCUUUGCCUCACCCUCCGCGCUCGUCCUUGCCUGGGACCGUGGCCUUCCGCUGCCGCCCUUUCCCAAAGUGUUUACCAUCGCCCGCACUCUGCCUUCUUCCGUCAGCUUUCCUCCGGUUCAGAUUUAGAGAACGAGUGAUUGACAGGUGAGGGACUCCUAAGGUGAUGCGUAGGCGUCUCCUACGUAAGGACACGGACCUGUCAGGAGGUGGGAACCCACAUCGGGCCUGAAAUUACAGUAGCGUGGCCAUGAGACGUUAAUAAUUUGCUUUCUUGAGAUGAGAAGCUUUCCAACCUGUUAUUAUCAUCAAACAGUGCGACUUGCCCACGUAGUAUAAAAGCGCAAGUCUGGUUUAUUAGCGGCUGCGUGGUUCUAAAGAACUUCGUACAUUUCUGCUGUUGAAAAGGGUGUGUGUUUUCUGUUUGAUUUCUUUGUAUUUCCAUUCACGUGGCUUUGUAGUAAAAGCCAUUUGUCCGAAGCACAUUUGGCUUUGUAGUAGAGUGCUGUUACUUUGUGCUCUACUGGAAGGGUGAUAAAAGUUCCACUACAUAAGCUCCUUUCCUUUUUUAAAUUUAGAAGGCAUCAAAUCAGACCUGUUUAGGAGUAUUUCCUGUGUGCCAGUCAGCAGUGCUGCAAAUCAAAUAAGGUUGAUAGACUCUGUUGUCUCGGCCCUUAUGGUUGACGGAGACAAGUGCGUGAGCUUGUACAGUACAGUGUGAUUGAGAUGCACAGAUGGCACUAGGGAUACUUUAAGUGGUGGUACUUAAGCCUCCCUAGAAGCCAUUGAAGUAGGAAUUAGAUGAACAGGGAGAAGCAGCGGCGUUUGCUGAGCAAAGGAAGGAAGGCCUGAAAUGGCAUGAUAUUUAGAGAGCUCAGGCAGGCGGAAUGACUGAGAAAGAGGAUGCCAGGAAAAGAGAGGGGAGGGAAGAUGAGCUGUAAAGGUAGCAAGGAGCUUGAUCAUGGGAAGCCUUGCAGGAGUGGGAUGCUUCCGAAAGACGUUGAGCAGGUCAGAUUUGUGCUUAAUCAGCACAGUUGAAUCACCCUGUCAAGUGCUUUGGCAGCUGUGUGGAGGAGAGAUAAGAAACAGGGAAAUUGGUUGGGAGGUGAUUCCAAUAAUCCAUGUAAAAGUCAGGUGGGCGGGCGUAAACUAAAAUAGCUUCAGCGGAGCUUGAGAGCAGGAGCCAGCUUAGAGAGAUGCUGGGAGGGAGAAUCUGCAGGACCUACCAGAGAUCUGGGGCUGGUGAGUGAGAGCACUUGAGGAUGCCUUUGGCUUGGGCAAGGGUUGAGAAUGAAGGAGGUAGGUUUUGGAUGUUUUGCAUCUUAAACGUCUGCAGUUUGUGCAAUUGUGAAUGUAUGCAGUGAGUCCAAUUAAAAAGAUCCAAAACUUAAUAAUGAUUCCGGGGAAAGAGGUGUUCAUUUGGGAGUUACCAGCAAAAUAGUAUCGGUCAGCCUCAAGGGUUAUGUAUGCAACCCUUGAAAUGAAUUUGGGACCCAACAUGUGGCCUUAGAGGAGCAUCGAAGUUGAAGCGUCAAAGAGUGGUUGAUGGAAGAGGACUGAGGAAGAGCAACAGAAAGAAAGGAAAAGCAGGUAAAUCAAACUGGGAAGACGAUGGUUGGGGAACGUGGGAAGAAACAGAACCCCAAGAACCUGAAGAAGACGGAAAUUCUUGCAAAACACAAAAAACUUCCUGGCUUCAAGAUUGUGUUUUGUCCUUAUCUCCAACCAAUGAUCUCAUGGUUAUAGCUCGGGGGCAAAAAGCUGUAUUUCUAGUGCCAAAAUGGAAACAUAGUGAUAAAGGGAAGGAAGAAAUGCACUUUGCUGUUGGUUGGAGCGGUUGUUUAAAUGUUGAAGAAGGGGAAUAUGUAACCAGUGCACUCUGCAUCCCACUUGCAAGCCAGAAGAGGAGUUCCACUGGACGCCCAGACUGGACCUGCAUUGUGGUGGGCUUUUCUUCAGGUUACCUGCGCUUCUACACGCAGAACGGCGUGCUCUUGCUGGCACAGCUCCUGAAUGAAGACCUAGUGCUGCAGCUCAAGUGCAGGACCUAUGAAAUCCCACGACAUCCCGGUGUGACAGAGCAGAAUGAAGAGUUGAGUAUCUUAUAUCCAGCUGCCAUUGUGACUAUUGACGGAUUUAGCCUUUUUCAGUCUCUUCGAGCCUGUCGAAAUCAGGUAGCAAAAGCUGCAGCCUCAGGAAAUGAGAACAUACAGCCACCACCGUUAGCUUAUAAGAAAUGGGGCCUCCAAGAUAUUGACACAAUUAUUGAUCAUGCUAGUAUUGGUAUCAUGACUCUCUCCCCUUUCGAUCAAAUGAAGACUGCCUCCAAUAUAGGCGGAUAUAACGCCGCAAUUAAGAACAGCCCGCCCGCCAUGUCUCAGUACAUCACUGUGGGCUCCAAUCCGUUCACGGGCUUCUUCUAUGCUUUAGAGGGAAGCACCCAGCCCUUGUUAUCUCAUGUGGCGUUAGCUGUGGCAAGUAAACUCACUUCAGCUUUAUUUAAUGCUGCCAGUGGUUGGCUCGGUUGGAAGAGCAAGCACGAAGAAGAGGCUGUGCCGAGGCAGAAGCCCAAGGUUGAGCCGGCGACCCCAUUAGCUGUGAGGUUUGGACUUCCAGAUUCUAGACGCCAUGGUGAAAGCAUAUGCCUGUCUCCAUGUAACACGCUGGCAGCAGUAACAGAUGAUUUUGGCAGAGUUAUUUUGUUGGAUGUAACUAGAGGAAUUGCAAUACGGAUGUGGAAAGGGUAUCGCGACGCGCAGACGGGCUGGAUCCAAAUUGUGGAGGACCUCCACGAGAGAGUGCCGGAGAGGGCGGACUUCUCCCCGUUCGGCAGCCCUCAGGGCCCCAGCCGCGUAGCUCAGUUCCUUGUGAUCUACGCCCCCCGGAGGGGCAUCUUGGAAGUGUGGAGCACCCAGCAGGGCCCUCGCGUGGGCGCUUUCAACGUGGGCAAGCACUGCAGGCUUCUGUAUCCUGGCUAUAAAAUCAUGGGCUUAAAUAAUGUUACCAGUCAGAGUUGGCAGCCCCAGACUUACCAGAUCUGUCUGGUGGAUCCAGUGUCUGGAAGUGUGAAGACAGUAAGCGUUCCUUUCCAUUUAGCCCUGAGUGAUAAGAAGAGUGAACGCGCCAAGGACAUGCACUUAAUGAAGAAACUAGGAGCCUCACUGAAAGCAAAAGCUCCCAAUCUUGAUUUGAUUGAAACAGAAAUAAAGGAAUUAAUUCUCGAUAUUAAGUACCCUGCGACCAAAAAACAAGCGUUGGAGAGCAUUUUGGCAAGUGAACGUUUACCAUUUUCCUGCCUUAAAAAUAUCACGCAGACUUUAAUGGACUCUUUAAAAAAUCAAGAGCUCGAGUCUGUUGAUGAAGGAUUGCUACAGUUUUGUGCCAAUAAAUUGAAAUUACUCCAUCUUUAUGAGUCUGUCAGUCAGUUAAACUCCCUUGAUUUUCAUUCGGACACACCAUUCUCCGACAAUGACUUGGCUGUGUUACUCAGGCUUGAUGAGAAAGACCUCCUCAAGCUCCAGGCAUUGUUGGAGAAAUACAAACAAGAGAACAGCAGGGCUGCUGUCCGCUUCUCUGAUGACAAGGAUGGUGUGUUGCCUGUCAAAACCUUCCUGGAAUAUUUAGACUCUGAGAAGGAUGUGAUCAGCGUGAAGAAGACGGGCGAAGAGGAGUGUGUGGCUUUAGGCAGCUUCUUUUUCUGGAAGUGUUUGCGUGGAGAGAGCUCCGCAGAGGACAUGUGUCGCACGUUGGAGUCGGUGGGACUGAGCCCCCAGCUGCUCUUGUCUCUGCUCCUGAGCGUUUGGCUUUCGAAGGAGAAAGAUAUUUUGAACAGACCGCAGUCUGUCCGCUGUCUCUACACGAUGCUGCACCUUCUGAGCAAGAUGAAAGUGGCCAUCGAGGAGACCUGGGACUCCCAGUCAGUGUCCCCCUGGUGGCAGCAGAUGCGUGCAGCCUGCAUCCAGUCUGAGAACAGCGGGGCUGCCCUGCUGUCGGCGCACGUCGGGCACGCCGUGGCCGUGCAGAUAUCCAACAGCCUGACCGAGAAGAAGUUUUCGCAGGUGGGUCUGGGUCCCGACUCGGAGGCGCUCACCGAUUCCUGGGAGGCCCUCUCUCUCGACACCGAGUACUGGAAGCUCCUGCUGAAGCAGCUGGAGGACUGCCUCCUGCUCCAGACGCUGCUGCACAGCAGAGUGAACCCCUCAACCGCCAGGGGGUCUUCACUGCAGGCUGAGCCGCUCCCAAGGCUCUCGGUUAAGAAGCUCUUAGAGGGCGGAAGAGGUGGCAUUGCAGACAGUGUAGCCAAGUGGAUAUUUAAACAGGACUUAAGUCCUGAAGUUUUAAAAUGGGCUAAUAAAGAAAGAGAUGCAGAAAACCCAGACGAACCCAAAGAAGGUAGCAGCAGAGGUUUAUCCGAGAUGACGGAGGUGGAGACGGACCUGGGAGCCAUACCAGACUUGCUGCACUUGGCCUACACGCAGUUCCCCUGCAGCCUGGAGUUGGACGUGCUGCACGCGCACUGCUGCUGGGAGUACGUCGUGCAGUGGAAUAAGGAUCCCGAGGAAGCACGUUUUUUCGUUAGGUCGAUAGAGCACCUGAAGCACAUUCUCAAUGCCCAUGUUCAGAAUGGCAUCGCCCUGAUGAUGUGGAAUACCUUCUUAGUCAAACGGUUCUCUGCCGCUACGUACCUCGUGGAUAAGGUUGGGAAGUCACCCAAGGACAGGCUGUGCCGAAGGGAUGUGGGGAUGAGUGACACGGCCAUGGCAUCUUUCCUGAGCUCCUGCUGGGAUCUGCUUCAGACUUUAAUGGAGGCCGACGUCAGCAGGGAUGAGAUGCCAGUGCCCGUGCUGGACACAGAGGACGCCUGGCUGGCCGUGGAAGGGCCCACCUCCAUCGUGGAGCUGGCCCUGGACCAGAAGCCCGUCCACUACCCGCUGGUGGAGCACCACUCGGUCCUGUGCGCUGUGCUGUGCGCCAUCACGCGCUUCUCUCUCAAGGCCGUGAAGCCACUGUCCCUUUUCGACAGCAAGGGGAAAAACGCAUUUUUCAAAGACCUAACGUCAAUUCAGUUAUUACCUAGUGGGGAAAUGGACCCAAAUUUUAUUUCCAUACGACAACAGCUUCUACUGAAAGUCGUCAGCGCAGCUGUCCAGGCCCGACAUGGAGUCGCAAAGGACAGGGACUCCUCUGAAGAGGCCCCGAGCCCGCCUUUUGAGAAGGACCAAGACUGGCCUGUGCUGGCCCUGGACCUGGCGCAUCACCUUCAGGUCAGCGAAGACGCUGUGCGGAGGCACUACGUGGGCGAGCUGUACAACCACGGCGCCGACCACCGGGGAGAGGAGGCCAUCCUCCAGGUCCAGGACAAAGAGGUCCUGGCCUCUCAGCUGCUGGUGCUGAUCGGGCAGCGGCUGGCACACGCGGUGCUGCGCACCCAGACGCGGGAGGGCCUGGAGCUGCUGGCCAGGCUGCCGCCCACCCUGUGCACCUGGCUGAAGGCGAUGAACCCCCAGGAUCUUCAAAACACAGAAGUGCCAAUUGCAACAACAGCUAAACUAGUGAAUAAAGUAAUUGAGCUUCUACCAGAAAACCAUGGGCAAUAUAGCUUAGCCUUACACCUCACGGAAGCCGUGGAAGCCAUAGCGAUUCCUCCUUUAUGACACCGAGCUGCUGCAAACAGGCUAAACUUGUGUGACUAGAAUAUCAAUUAGUGCAUGGUUAUUUUGCAUAACAAGAUCUGGAAUUUUAUGGAGGGAGUAUGGUUUUUGUUUCCUUUUGUAAAAUAAAUAAAAAUACAUAUUACUUUUAAAAACAAGUACAGUCCUGGCUAUAAAUUUCACUCCUUUGAUUAAUACUGAUGAUAAAAUAUAAACAAAUAUCAACUAUACUCUUAAUUCCUAUUGCAGAUAUUCUACUGUUUAUUUCUGAUAUCACUUAGGUAGCUUUAUUGUUAAACUUUGCUAUUGAAAACUGGUUAUAAUUUACAGAUUAUGCUCUUAUUUUAAGAUUCUAUAUUUCAUAUUCAAAGUGUUACUGUAAUGAACUGUGUUCAUGUAUAGUCCCCAUCAGUAAAAUGAGAGGCACAUCCCCGUUUUAGGAACUGUGGGGCAAAUGCUUUUGUUUUCCUGCGAAUCCCGCCGGCUGCUUCCUGGAGUCCUGGACGCUGACAGCUUUCCUUCCCAGAGGUUACGGCUGUUGCAUCAGAGGAGGAAGACCCUGCUUGUGGAGGAACAGGGGUUCAGGAUCAUCAUAUUCACGGGAAUGGACACUAAACAGAGCCCUGAACUGUUAGACUUGCCAAAACCGAGACUCUGAGACGCAAGUAACGGUCCGCUUUUUGCCAAGGUUCAAAGUUGUAUCCACACCAGGUAAUUGUAAAAAUGUAUUAUCUUGUAAAACCUAUGUUUUAAAAAAGGGCAAUGAUGCUAAAAACUUAAGUCCAACUUUAUUUUUCCUCUAAGAAUUGAGAGCUGUCUGCUUCUGAGAUUUGGUACGGUGGCCUCUUCUUAGGAACAGUACGGAAAAUGCUUCGUGAUGAGGCUGCAGCUUUGGCAAACUACCUCACAGCUGGCCUGGGAGGAUCCACCCAACUGACGUUGUGCCCUUUAGUGCCUAGAGCAGUCCAAGUGCUGAAAACUUAUUUGAUUAAAACCAAAUUAACCAAAACUGUAAAAAGUGCUCGAGCUGUACAAAUACCGAGAAUCUGUUUCCUGUUUCCGCACAUCUUCGGAAUGUGGCCAGAGUCGGGUGAGGGACAGCGACUUGUCGCCUCUCCACUCCUCCUAAGAAGCCAACUCCAGCACCUGGACACGCCUGAGGCAUUCCGUCCAGCAGGACCAUUAAGGAACGAGUCUGAGGUUUGAGGAGUCCCCAGUAUAGGUUCUUGUUAACUAAGAGAUCACAUCCAAAUAAUAAGUGUCCACAACUUCGUAAUUACUGUUUCAUUUACAAUCUUGAAGGAUGAGUUUUUGAGAUGUCCCGAGGCUUUGGGGUGAGGACCUGUCCAUCUGAUUGAGGCCACGCCGUACGGAGCAGCACGAGAAAGGACCUCGAGCUAGUCCAGCCUCAGCCUCCGCUGGGAUCCCCGCUGCCCCAUCCAGACACAUUUCUGCGAUUUCCUGUAAAUGUGUCUAGCUUCGUACCAUCUCGUUGUGUAUGUUCUAAAGAUUAGUUCUUUCUGUGACUUUUUUAAAUACUCUGAGAGUAGUUAUAAAUCUUGGAGGCUGAUGAAAGAAACUUGGCGUUUUUAAAGAUUAAAUCCUCACUUUGAUUCCAUUAUCACUUUGGGGGGAGGGGUAGCUAAUAAGUAUUUUUAUAUAAUAAAACUAGCUGAACUUUUUCUGACACAUCAUCAGACUUGGGGAUUGUUUAGAUUAUAAAUAAGCUGAAAUAUGGCUCCUAGAACCAUAGCAAAUCACUGAGUCUCUAGUUAGAUUUGGUAUCCUAAAAUUUAUCAUUCCAAGAAUUUUAAAAUUGAAUUCCGAAUUGUAAAGAGCAGUUAAAUAUUUUACUAUUUCAUUAAGGGCUUUUAAAAUAAGUCUGAUGGAGGAAGAAAAACAAAUUGUAUACUUACCAUAAAGAGCCACAGAUAAUUCGAUUUUCCAUGGAAUGGGUGGUUCCUGUGUAUACCGAAGUUAUUGGUGGGAACCCGAUAACCAGUGAGUAAGUUUUUUAGGUAACCUCUACCCCCACACCUUCCCUCAUUAACAUUAAAUAGAUUGUUUGUACCUUGUUAAAUUCUGUUGUUGUCUGCAAAGGAAAACAAAAGGGUUCAAAUACUCACACCUUCCACACUACAGGUUGCACUUCGAUGGAAAACUAGAAAAGACACUAGGUGAAGAGAAACAGCACCAAGCUUCUAAAUGCUUCAUACUUUUGCAAAAAGAAGUGUUAUAUGGAUUCAUCUAAGGGCAGAGUAAACACUAUUAGACUUACUGAUGACCAUUUAAAAAUCACAAAAAACCCGGAGUUAAUAACCCUAAGCGUACAUGAAUGAGGUCAGUUCACUUAGCAGGAGCUGUGUGGCUCUUUUCACUCAUAGGAGACAAAUAUGGUUAAAGCACCCAAGAGCAACAGCCAAAGCCCCCUCUCACCCAGUAGGAUGGAUUUGUUAAACUUCUGCUGAACAGAAUCAGCCUCCCAAGCAAGAUUUUAAUCCUGUACUGAAUUGUGUAUAAAAUGCCCUAUUAUCUCCUGUAAUGUAUUGUAAGUAGUCAAAUCCUGUAUAUACUGCUAUUUUCGGUGUCUGUUCAUUGUUGUGAACUUAUGUAUAUUAGUGAAAUAAAUUUUCAGCUUUCAUGUUGUUUCCUUAACAUUUACAA